AUGGAGCUAACUGAGAAGUUAGCCGAUUCCUUACCGAUCGCGAUAACCGACGAAGAUGUAGAGAAAAAUCCAGAAUUUUGUAAACUACUCGAUUCUCUUGCUUACAGAUUGACUUCCAACGGUAUGACGAGGUCUUUAGAUGAAGAAUUAAAUGCUGCUAAUGAGGAAUUAAAGAAACAAAAAUUUGCAUUUCUACAACAACGGACCGUAUUGGAUGAACUCAAAGAAUACUUAACUGAAUGUGAAUCCCUCCCGAAAAACGGAUCGACGUCGAUAAAAAACAACCAGCUACAGCUAUGCAAAAUCGUAAGCGAAUCAUUAAUGUUGGCUGAACUCAACGAUUACGUCAAUUUGGGCACUACAAAAGACGGUACAAAGCUUGCACUACUUGGUGUUAGUUGUGAACAUCUAUCGCAGUUGAAUCCAUGUAAAAGAUCUGUGCAACAGUAUCUAUCUUCGGUACAGCAAGUACUAAUCCCUGAAAUAGAGACUAGGCUCAGGAAGAAAUGUGAAAACCUUGCUGAAUAUUAUAAUCCUAAUAGUCAAGAUGAUGGCGAACCUAUGACGUUUGCUAAUAUCACUGAGCUACCUGAAUUAAUUGAGCGAGAUAAACGUCGUGUUGAUGAUGAAAAGGCUAAUUUAACUAAGGUUGCAGUUCUUCGUCGAAGAAAGUUCUGGCAAUACUACCAGGAAAUUCAAAAAUGUAUCGAAAUAUUGGAUGAGAUUAUUCGUAAAUAUCGCUUAAAGUAUCAGGCGGACCAUGAUACAAUAACUUGCAAUUGGUUUGCUGCGAAAUGUGAUGCCAUGUGCAACAAAUUGAGUGUACUCGCAAAUCAUUUACUGAAAGAUUCAUAUACCAAUGAAACCGUAUCUGCACUAAAUCAGAUAAAACAUCACUUGGUCACUGCACAAGCUGAAGUAGAAAAUGAACUGACAACAAUUUCCGAAUCAUUACGCUCAUAUGAAGCCAUUGGAAUGGGAUUUGAUAAAAUUGUACUUCAAUAUGCCGAAAUAGCGAAAAGUAUCGAUGAAAAACGAUGGGCGUUAUCACAAAUUAACGAAAGUUCAAAUCGUACCUGA